AUGAGCUGUGGAAUCCCGGAUAUGAUGAUGAGGAGAAGGAUUAAAGCUCUCAAUUCCAGGUGUUGUAUACGACAGCCCUCUUUCAUCACAAAGCCCCUGGACGAAAGUGGACCCUCAUUCUGGACACAAAGGGAGGAAAUGUCAGGGCUGAAGCUGAAGCAGAAGCAGAAGCAGAAGCUGAAGCAGAAACAGAAGCAGAGGCUGAAGCAGAAGCAGAAGCUGAAGCAGAAGCAGAAGCAGAAGCAGAAGCUGAAGCUGAAGCAGAAGCAGAAGCAGAGGCUGAAGCAGAAGCAGAGGCUGAAGCAGAAGCAGAAGCAGAGGCUGAAGCAGAAGCAGAAGCAGAAGCAGAAGCAGAGGCUGAAGCAGAAGCAGAAGCAGAGGCUGAAGCAGAGGCUGAAGCAGAAGCAGAGGCUGAAGCAGAAGCAGAAGCAGAAGGUGAAGCAGAAGCAGAAGCAGAGGCUGAAGCAGAAGCAGAGGCUGAAGCAGAAGCAGAAGCAGAAGCUGAAGCAGAAGCAGAGGCUGAAGCAGAAGCAGAGGCUGAAGCAGAAGCAGAAGCAGAAGGUGAAGCAGAAGCAGAAGCAGAGGCUGAAGCAGAAGCAGAGGCUGAAGCAGAAGCAGAAGCUGAAGCAGAAGCAGAGGCUGAAGCAGAAGCAGAAGCAGAAGCAGAGGCUGAAGCAGAAGCUGAAGCAGAAGCAGAGGCUGAAGCAGAAGCAGAAGCAGAGGCAGAAGCAGAAGCUGAAGCAGAAGCAGAAGGUGAAGCAGAAGCAGAAGCAGUGGCUGAAGCAGAAGCAGAAGCAGAGGCUGAAGCAGAAGCAGAAGCAGAAGCAGAAGCAGAAGCUGAAGCUGAAGCAGAGGCUGAAGCAGUGGCAGAGGCUGAAGCAGAAGCAGAAGCUGAAGCAGAAGCAGAGGCUGAAGCAGAAGCAGAAGCUGAAGCUGAAGCAGAGGCUGAAGCAGAAGCUGAAGCAGAAGCAGAAGAUGAAGCAGAAACAGAAGCAGAGGCUGAAGCAGAAGCAGAAGCAGAGGCUGAAGCAGAAGCAGAAGCUGAAGCAGAAGCAGAAGCAGAAGCAGAGGCUGAAGCAGAAGCAGAAGCUGAAGCAGAAGCAGAGGCUGAAGCAGAAGCAGAGGCUGAAGCAGAAGCAGAAGCAGAGGCUGAAGCAGAAGCAGAAGCAGAGGCUGAAGCAGAAGCAGAGGCUGAAGCAGAAGCAGAGGCUGAAGCAGAAGCAGAAGCUGAAGCUGAAGCAGAGGCUGAAGCAGAAGCUGAAGCAGAAGCAGAAGCUGAAGCAGAAACAGAAGCAGAGGCUGAAGCAGAAGCAGAAGCAGAGGCUGAAGCAGAAGCAGAAGCUGAAGCAGAAGCAGAAGCAGAAGCAGAGGCUGAAGCAGAAGCAGAAGCUGAAGCAGAAGCAGAGGCUGAAGCAGAAGCAGAGGCUGAAGCAGAAGCAGAAGCAGAAGCAGAGGCUGAAGCAGAAGCAGAAGCAGAGGCUGAAGCAGAAGCAGAGGCUGAAGCAGAAGCAGAAGCAGAAGGUGAAGCAGAAGCAGAAGCAGAGGCUGAAGCAGAAGCAGAGGCUGAAGCAGAAGCAGAAGCAGAGGCUGAGGCAGAAGCUGAAGCUGAAGCAGAAGCAGAGGCUGAAGCAGAAGCAGAAGCAGAAGCAGAGGCUGAAGCAGAAGCAGAAGCUGAAGCAGAGGCUGAAGCAGAAGCAGAAGCUGAAGCUGAAGCAGAAGCAGAAGCAGAAGGUGAAGCAGAAGCAGAAGCAGUGGCUGAAGCAGAAGCAGAGGCUGAAGCAGAAGCAGAAGCAGAAGCAGAGGCUGAAGCAGAAGCAGAAGCUGAAGCAGAAGCUGAAGCAGAAGCAGAGGCUGAAGCAGAAGCAGAAGCUGAAGCUGAAGCAGAGGCUGAAGCAGAAGCUGAAGCAGAAGCAGGCACAACGUUGGACAAAAAGCAAGGGCAGUUAA